GCAGAGAAGGGAGAGUAAUGGCAUUGGUGGUGGCCCGAAGAAGUGAAGAAGCGAGAAAGAGAAAGAAGAAAGGAAAAGCAAAGCAUUGGAUUGGAUUGGAUUGGUGGUUCACCGUUCCUCUCUCUCUCUCUCUCAACCCAUUCCUGAUCUCACACAUCCCUUCACUUCCCAUCUCAAUUCUCACCCUCAUCUUCAGAUCUCGUACUUUCGCGAAUGCCGCCACACGAACUCGUAGCAUGAUUGGGGUUUUUUCGAUGGUGGUUUUGUUCACUGAUAAUUCUCCAAUGUCGUUGGAGGACCAUAUAUGAGUCCUGAUCAACCCUUGCUUCUCCAAUCGGAUCAUCCUUCAGUGGUUCAUCAUCGCCAUCGCAAAUCCGGAUCCUGGACCCGCCACUGCACCAAUGCUUCCUUCACAUCCUCUAUGUUCGACGAUGCUCAAGCUCAGAGCGUCGAUUUUGAUGUGAAGGACAAAGAGUCAGAGGUUGUGGUUUCUAGGGAUUCUAGUUUUCACUCUGCAUUUGGGAAUAAUAAUAAUAAUAGUAUCACUGAGAAGGAGUUUCAGCGUGUCGAAUCACGCUUUUCUGGACAGUUUCCUUUGGAAUGCCCCGCGCACAAGAGGGGACUCUCGGUGUCGUGGGGCGGGAUGGAACUGCACGAUACUGGAAGCCAGAGUGUGCCCUUUGAGAUAUCUGGAGCUGGAUCUUUAGUUCAGGAUAGGUUGAGUAAGUCUCAGAGGAUUAGGCACAAGAGUGUGCAGUUUGAUGAUGCUGCAUUUCAUGAGGAUAGUGCUAGGUUGAUUUAUAUUAAUGAUCCGAAGAGGACGAAUGAUAAGUAUGAGUUUACUGGGAAUGAGAUUAGAACUAGCAAGUAUACGUUUAUAACAUUCUUGCCCAAGAAUUUGUUUAUUCAGUUUCAUAGGGUUGCUUAUCUGUAUUUCCUUGCCAUUGCCGCGCUGAACCAGCUUCCUCCGUUGGCUGUUUUUGGGAGAACGGUGUCUCUUUUCCCGCUGUUGUUCGUGCUUUGCGUAACAGCUAUUAAGGAUGGUUAUGAGGAUUGGCGUAGGCACAGGUCAGAUCGCAAUGAGAACAACCGGGAGUCUCUGGUGCUUCAGUCUGGUGAUUUCCGGUCGAAGAAGUGGAAAAAUAUACAAGCUGGUGAGGUUGUUAAGAUCUUUGCUGAUGAGACGAUCCCGGCUGACAUGGUCUUGUUGGGGACAAGUGAUCAAAGUGGGCUUGCCUAUAUUCAGACAAUGAAUUUGGAUGGAGAAUCGAAUUUGAAGACGAGAUAUGCUAGGCAAGAAACAGCUUUGGCAGUUUCAUCAGAAGCUUGUGAUGCUUUUGGGAUAAUUAGAUGCGAGCAACCAAACCGGAAUAUUUAUGAGUUCACAGCCAACAUGGAGUUCAAUGGGCUUAAGUUUUCCCUUAGCCAGUCAAACAUUGUUCUGCGUGGCUGCCAACUGAAGAACACGGAUUGGAUAAUUGGUGUUGUAGUUUAUGCAGGACAGGAGACAAAAGCAAUGCUGAACAGUGCAGCUUCUCCUUCCAAGAGAAGCAAACUGGAAAGUUAUAUGAACAGAGAAACCCUUUGGCUGUCAAUUUUUCUCUUUAUCAUGUGUUUGGUUGUGGCCCUUGGGAUGGGUCUCUGGCUGGUACGCCACAAGAACCAGCUUGACACCUUGCCUUACUACAGAAAAAGAUACUUCAACAAUGGGCCGGAUAAUGGAAAGAAAUAUAAGUAUUAUGGGAUACCUAUGGAAGCGUUUUUCUCCUUUUUGAGUUCUGUUAUAGUGUUUCAGAUAAUGAUACCAAUAUCUCUUUACAUCACAAUGGAGUUGGUUCGACUGGGUCAGUCAUACUUCAUGAUUGAAGACAGGGAUAUGUAUGAUGCAAGCUCUGGAUCAAGGUUUCAGUGUAGAUCAUUAAAUAUAAAUGAAGAUUUGGGUCAAAUACGCUAUAUAUUUUCAGACAAGACGGGAACACUCACAGAAAACAAGAUGGAAUUUCGGAUGGCUAGUGUACAUGGGAAGAAUUAUGGGAGCUCCUUGUCCAUGGCUGAUAUUACAGCAGUGGCAGCUGUUAUUCCUAAACGGAGAUGGAAGCUCCAAUCUGAAAUAGCAGUGGAUUCUGAACUGAUGACAAUGUUGCGGAAAGACUCAAAUAGAGAAGAAAGGAUUGCUGCUCAUGAGUUUUUUCUUACAUUGGCUGCUUGUAAUACUGUAAUCCCUAUACCUGGUGGUGGAAAAUUUUCUGGUUGUGGAACUAGUGAAUUUAGUGAAGAUGUUGAAUGCAUUGAUUACCAGGGAGAAUCUCCUGAUGAACAAGCUCUAGUUUCUGCCGCCUCUGCAUAUGGAUAUACUCUUUUUGAGCGAACAUCUGGACAUAUUGUUAUUGACGUCAAUGGUGAGAAACUCAGAUUGGACGUAUUGGGCCUGCAUGAGUUUGAUAGUGUGCGAAAGAGAAUGUCUGUUGUUAUUCGGUUUCCUGACAAUGUGGUGAAGGUGUUGGUCAAAGGCGCUGAUACUUCAAUGUUUAGCAUUUUAGCAAAUGGAAGUGAGAGCAGCAAUAGCUUAUGGCAUGCAACUCAGGGCCAUUUGAGUGAAUAUUCUUCACAAGGUUUGCGCACUCUUGUAGUUGCCUCAAGGGAUCUUUCUGAUGCUGAACUUGAGGAGUGGCAAAGCAGGUAUGAAGAGGCAAGCACUUCAUUGACUGACAGAGCUACUAAACUACGUCAAACAGCAGCUCUUAUAGAAUGCAAUUUAAAACUACUUGGAGCAACUGGAAUUGAGGACAAGCUACAAGAGGGUGUACCAGAAGCCAUUGAAUCCCUGCGGCAAGCUGGAAUCAAGGUUUGGGUUCUUACUGGUGAUAAACAAGAGACGGCAAUUUCAAUUGCUCUUUCCUGCAAACUUCUCAGUGCAGAUAUGCAGCAGAUUAUUAUCAAUGGCACUUCAGAGGUCGAAUGCAGAAAUCUUUUGGGUGAUGCUAUAGCCAAAUAUGGUGUGAAAUCUUCAGGUGGAAGGCGUCAGAAUCUGAAGCAAAAAACCAAUGCUAGAGGUGGUGAUCUUGAUAUUCCCAAUGGUUCAAAGUCAUUGAGCUUUCCCAAAUGGAAUCCUGGAAAAGAAGAAGGAACUAAUGCUCCAUUGGCACUCAUAAUUGAUGGAAACAGUUUGGUUUAUAUUUUGGAGAAGGAACUGGAGUCAGAGCUUUUUGACCUUGCAACUUCCUGUCGGGUUGUGCUGUGUUGUCGGGUUGCACCAUUGCAAAAGGCAGGAAUUGUUGAUCUAAUAAAGAGCCGCACAGAUGAUAUGACACUGGCCAUAGGUGAUGGGGCCAAUGAUGUUUCAAUGAUCCAAAUGGCAGAUGUUGGUGUUGGAAUAUGUGGGCAGGAAGGGCGCCAAGCAGUGAUGGCAUCAGAUUUUGCAAUGGGGCAAUUUCAGUUCUUGAAAAGAUUACUUCUGGUUCAUGGGCACUGGAAUUAUCAGCGUGUUGGUUAUUUGGUUCUAUACAACUUCUACCGCAAUGCUGUCUUUGUAUUGAUGUUAUUCUGGUAUAUAUUAUGCACAGCUUUUUCUACAACUUCUGCGUUGACAGAUUGGAGUAGUGUUUUCUAUUCUGUGAUAUACACAUCUAUACCUACCAUUUUUGUUGGUAUUCUGGACAAAGACUUGAGUCAUAGGACACUUUUGCAGUAUCCAAAACUGUAUGGUACUGGUCACAGGCAAGAAGCUUACAAUAUGCAGUUGUUUUGGAUCACAAUGAUGGACACAGUGUGGCAAAGCCUGGUUCUCUUCUACACACCAUUGUUCACCUAUAAGGACAGUUCCAUUGAUAUAUGGAGCAUUGGAAGUUUGUGGACAAUCGCAGUUGUUAUCCUUGUAAAUGUACACUUGGCUAUGGACAUCAACCGAUGGGUAUUAAUUACUCAUGUCGCCAUCUGGGGAUCAAUAAUCAUUACAUAUGGUUGCAUGGUGGUAUUGGAUUCUAUACCUGUAUUUCCCAAUUACUGGACUAUUUAUCAUCUUGCAAGGUCCCCUACAUAUUGGAUAACAAUUUUGCUUAUAAUUAUUGUGGCAUUGCUCCCACGCUUUACUUGCAAAGUUGUUUGUCAAAUCUUUUGGCCUUCAGAUAUCCAGAUAGCUAGAGAAGCUGAGUUAAUGAGGAGACGACAGCGUAAUUUGCAGCCCAGGCAACGAGUUUCCGGUUAACUUAGGUUAUUGUCCUGUGUCUUAUAGAGACUUAAGGAAUCUCAAUUGAAAUGGCUUCCCUUGCAUUUGUCUAUCACAAUGCAUUCUUGUGGCAGUCAGUUGUUAAGUAACCAGUGAUGGAUCCAGAAAAUGCCUAAGGAGGAGUAGAAGCCUAAACAUGCAUAAUUGCAUUGAAAUAAAAGUGACGUAGAAGUCAAAAAUUCAAAAUAAUGGACUUGAAGGCUAUAAAGACGACUAAUUGAGGAUGGGUGCCCACUACUCCGGAUCUGUAUCCAUGAACCUAAAUCUGCUAAUAGAGAUACUUGUUGAUAGUUGAUUUAUUGAGAAAAAUAUGUUAAUUUUUGUAGACAUAAUAUACAAUUAGAGCAUAAGGUUGGUUGGUUGAAUGAUGGAGUAUCACUUGUGCACUUCAUGUGCUCACACUUGCUACAUCUGCAUGAUUAAAAAGAUGACUCUUUUCAUGUGCUCAAAGUUGUUUGUGCUUGGUUCUGAUAUUUUCUGGUCUAAAUUAUCCAGAUGAGUUGGUGAAGCAGAUUGCAGUGAUGUAAGACAAAUGCUUGACACCCUACAUAGUAACCGAUAUGUUGUGGGGAAGCACAUGGCAAGUUAUGAUGGCAUUGCCAAGGGUAGCAAAAUCGCCUGGCUUCUCAAAUGCACGGGGUCAGGAGAAGAGGCUCAGUCAGACUCGGGUAGCUGUAAGUAUGUCCAGCAAUUGAUGUAUCAGGGGGACCAGUGUCGACAUGGUAAUGAUCCACGAUCUGUAGAGGAGUGUAAGAGAGAGUAAAGUGUAACUAUGUGUACUAUAGUUCUGUAAAAAUUAGCCUCCAAAACGUCCUUUAUGAGGUAAUUAUAUCCAAGAAAGGACAAAAUGAAAGGAAAGGUAAAGGUAAUUUUCACAAUUCCUUCAU